UUUAGUUUAUUACAGUGCUGGUUUCUAAAUUACUUUGCUCAAAAUAAAUGUUAUAACAAAUCAAUUAAACACCGAUAUACUUUAUAAAAAUAAUUUAUUAAAAUGUCUGAAUUAGUUCAAAUAUAUCAGCCUCUUAGAAAAAAAUUAGAAUUCAUUGAAUUAUCAAUAAAAUUAUCUAGUUGCUCAGAUCAGUAUAAACGUGAUUUCGAAAUAAAAUUGAUGGAUUUCCAACGUACUAUUGAGGAGAUAAAACAAUUAGCACACGACAAUGUCAGCAUGCAAGAACAACUACGUGAUAAGCUGAAAAUAUUACAAGAAAAUAGAAAAAGUCUUGAUCAGUUGAGACGUUCGAAACCUGUGGUUAUUGAAAUUCAUCCAUCCUGUGCCAAUAUUAGUGAUACUCCAAACUUAAAUUACUUGUCGAUGGGAGAAAAUAGACACAAUUUUGAAUUGAGUCCUAUUAAUCAAAGUAAUCUUCCUGUACUUACACCAGUAAGCAGAAAAAUUUCCUUUGAUGGAGUACCUGAAAUUUCUUUCAUUGAACCUGAAGAGUUUGACUCAAUCCCACAGUACAUGCGAGGCAGACAGAAUGUGGAAGCACUUAACAAAUUCAUCAAAAGAAUCAAUGAGGCAGUUUAUGAUAAAUACACUUUGAUAAAGCUACCAAGAAAUCAAGUCUCGAAAGACAAACUAAAAUUGUAUCUUGAAUAUAAAAGAUUGCAGGCGACAACUGAUAAGCACUUAAUAUUCAUUACGGCCAGUGACUUAGGUUUAAAACUUCUUGAUAAACAGACAAAUAAUUUUUUUGCAAUGUUACGUCAUGUAAAGCGUAUUAAAGAAAUGAGGGAUGGAGGGGUAACAAAAAUUUGCUUACUGAAUACUGAUUUCCAACCUUUAGUGUAGUUUCUCAUCAGACAUUUUAGUAAUUCAAUUUUUAAUUUUAUUUUCUUAUUUAAAAUAAUAACUUGUGAUAUAUUCUAUUUAAACUUGUUUUCUUGCAUAAUCAAGAAAAUAAAAUGUAAAUUAUAGUCCUCUUAUUAAAUCAUGC